AUGAUGGUGAGGAGCUUCAGCAGUGUGGUGAUCUUGGAAGUGCUGUUGGCGCUGCUCGGGUGUGCCGCAGGCGGAUACAGUGGCCGAAAAGAGAUCACCUUCAACUGGGUACGCUCCAGCAGUGACGAGUCACGGAACAAUACGGCCGUUCUACUGCAACGUGACGGGUACGGACCGAUCCGGAUGAGGGUACGCACGGACGAUGGCUACCUGUUGACGGUGUACCGGAUGCAACCAAAAAAGUCCCGCGCCGGGGUGGUGCUGCUACACCACGGCAUCCGCCAGUCGAGCGAUAUGUGGAUGUACCUGGGACCGAAGCGAUCCCUGCCCUACAAACUGUACGACGCCGGGUACGACGUGUGGAUGAGCAACUCCCGGGCGUCGCCCGAAAUCGACGGCCACGAGCGGCUCGACCGGGACAGUGAUCACUACUGGGACUUUAGCUUCCACGAGAUCGGUACCUCCGAUCUGCCGGCCAUCGUCGAUCACAUAAGGCGAGAGACGAACCGAAAGACGAUCCACUUCGUGGGCUACUCGGAGGCGGCCACGGCCGCACUGGUGAUGCUGUCGGAGCGCCCAGAGUACAACACGUGGCUUGCCAGCGUGGAGCUGCUAGCGCCGCCGGCCUUCAUGAGCUACGGACAGUACGCGUGGAUAUCGCGCAUGGUCCAACCGAUCCGGGCGCUGUUCCCGUGGAGCGUGUACUACGCCCGGGACGCCCUACCGACGCGGAUCUGUACGCUGUUCCGCGCCGAGUGUUGCCUGAUGUUCGGCCACCUGGACGAUCGGUCCGAGGGGGCAACAGAGUCGGCGGAGUCGGACAUCGAGUCCACCGAGCAGCAGCAGCAGCCGCAGCAAGGAUGCUUCGUGCUGGACAAUGUGUCGCUCAAACAGAUCGAGCACUACCGGCAGAUUAUCGCGACCGGAAAGUUCCAGCAGUUCGACUACGGCUACACCGGCAACCUGAACCGGUACAAGCGGGACCCACCACCCGACUACUGCCUGUGGAACGUGACCGCACCGGUCACCCUGCACUACGGCAACCAAGACCAGACCGUCGAUUGGCGUGGCGUAGAGCAGCUGGCCCGGAACCUUCCGAAUGUGGCCACACUGCGGAAGCAGCUCUACAAAGGCUUCACGCAUCGCGACUUCUACCAAAACCCCAAAGCGCGGACCACCGUGUACGAGAAUAUCGUUAAGUCCAUCAAGCGGCACUCGGUCGUAG